AUGUCUCUGGGUUAUGCAGAGAAGCUCUCUCAUAGAGAAGAUGUGGGCACUGUUGGAAUGUCUGAGAUUUUCGACCCUCCCCGCGUUUUGCAACAAAAUAUUGAACAGCUUGCUUUGAUGAUUGAAAAGAGUGAGCAUCUGGUGGCAUUUACAGGUGCAGGAAUUUCAACAUCUUGUGGGAUACCGGAUUUCCGAGGUCCCAAUGGAGUUUGGACACUUCAGCGUGAAGGGAAAGGCGUGCCUGAAGCAUCUUUGCCAUUUCAUCGUGCGAUGCCGAGUUUAACUCAUAUGGCAUUGGUUGCACUUGAAAAGGCUGGUAUCUUGAAGUUUGUUAUUAGCCAGAAUGUGGAUAGCCUCCAUCUCCGCUCUGGAUUACGGAGGGAAAAUCUUGCAGAAUUGCAUGGAAAUUCAUUCAAGGAAAUUUGCCCUUCCUGUGGAGUAGAGUAUUUGCGGGACUUUGAGGUGGAGACUAUCGGGACGAAGGAGACAAUGAGACGUUGUUCUGACAUGAAAUGUGGGGCAAAACUUAAAGAUACUGUCCUUGAUUGGGAGGAUGCAUUGCCCCCAAGAGAGAUGAAUGCAGCAGAGAAACAUUGUCGAAUGGCUGAUGUUGUAUUAUGUCUGGGGACAAGUUUGCAGAUCACUCCAGCUUGCAACCUCCCUUUGAAGUCCCUACGAGGUGGGGGAAAAAUUGCAAUUGUCAACCUUCAGGAAACUCCAAAAGACAAGAAAGCAAGUUUGGUGAUCCACGGACUUGUUGACAAGGUAAUUGCAGGGGUAAUGCAUUUUCUUAAUAUGCGGAUUCCUCCAUAUGUUCGUGUUGAUCUUUUCCAGAUAAUUUUUAAUCAAUUUCGCUGCAUUUCAGAGAAAAAAUAUGCAAAAUGGUCCCUCAGAGUUCUCAGUGCGCAUGGAGAAAGAGCUCCACUGCCAUUCAUUAAAUCUGUUGAGGUUUCUUUUCCAGAGAGGCCAGAACUAAAAGCAGCUGUAUUACAGAAGCAACCAUUUUUGCUUAAAAGGUAAGUUCAUUUGGAUGAAGUGCCGCGAUUGCUUGAACAGAGGCUUUUCCUUUC